AUGGGUCGAGCACUGUCACCAGCCAGAUCCGAGAACGAAUUCGACAUAUCCACUGUUCUAUUUACGAAUGGCCUUGAUCAUGAUGGCAAGAGGCCGUCCGAAGAGAUGGAUAUCACUCUUGAUGCUACAGAUAUCAUGGUUGACUUGUCCGAGAACGAUGAUACAGCCAUCAUUGCAGAGCAACAAGCUGCGGCAAAUCGCAGGGCAAAGAAUAUGAUCGGAAAAACAGUCAAAAAGGGUGGUGGGUUUCAGUCGCUGGGUCUUAAUACGACUCUCCUGAAGGCUAUUGGACGAAAGGGUUUCUCCGUACCCACGCCCAUUCAGCGCAAGACUAUUCCACUCCUCCUGCAAGAGAAAGAUGUUGUUGGUAUGGCAAGGACAGGCUCUGGGAAGACGGCAGCCUUCGUUGUACCAAUGAUCGAGAAGCUCAAGGCUCACAGUCCUCGUAUUGGUGCAAGAGCGCUGAUUCUUUCCCCGGCCAGAGAGCUGGCGCUGCAAACGCUUCAAGUCGUCAAAGAGCUUGGAAGAGGCACUGAUUUAAGAAGUGUACUUCUGGUAGGCGGCGACAACCUGGAAGAACAAUUUACUGCUAUGGCUGGUAACCCUGAUAUUGUAAUUGCUACGCCUGGCAGGUUUUUGCAUCUAAAGGUCGAAAUGGGUCUUGAUCUCUCAAGCGUACGUUAUGUAGUAUUUGACGAAGCUGAUCGACUAUUCGAAAUGGGCUUUGCAGCUCAGUUGACAGAAAUCCUGCAUGCCCUUCCUGCUUCAAGACAAACCCUGCUCUUCUCCGCCACUUUACCGAAGUCUCUUGUUGAAUUUGCACGAGCGGGGCUUCAGGAACCGGCAUUGGUUCGCUUAGAUGCUGACAGCAAGAUCUCGCCUGAGCUGCAGAAUGCCUUUUUCACAGUCAAGUCGGCCGAGAGGGAAGGUGCAUUGCUCCACAUUCUACAGGAUAUGAUCAAAAUGCCGUCUGGGUCUUAUCAAGAUGAGCACUCAGAUGCUGCCAAUAGCUUAGCGGAGCCGUCAAGGAAACGCAAGCAUGAUGAUCAAGAAAAACCGCCUUCCCGAGGAGUGCCUAGCCCUUUCUCUACCAUUAUUUUCGUGGCAACGAAACAUCAUGUUGAAUAUCUUGCUCAUCUCCUGAGGUUGGCCGGCUUUGCUGUGUCACACGUGUACUCCUCUCUCGACCAGGUUGCUCGAAAUGCACAGGUAAAUGCAUUCCGAUCUGGGUUGACCAACAUCUUAGUGGCGACUGAUAUUGGUGCUCGUGGCAUUGAUAUACCUAUACUUGCAAAUGUGAUCAAUUACAACUUCCCGUCGCAGCCGAAAGUUUUCGUCCACCGUGUCGGUCGGACAGCCCGCGCCGGACAGAAAGGUUGGAGCUACAGCCUGAUCAACGAGACAGAUGCCGCUUAUCUACUCGACUUGCAACUGUUCCUGGGCAAGAAGCUUGUGGUUGGUAGAGCUGGUAAUGAGAACGUCAGUUUCACGGAUGAAGUCGUUGUAGGGACUCUACAGCGAGACGCCAUGCAGCCCAACGGAGAAUGGAUAACCAAGAAUUUAGAUGAGAACGCAGACCUUGCCGCUUUACGCUCCGUCGCUGGAAAGGGCGAAAAACAUUACCAGCGAUCUCGAAACGCUGCGUCCAAAGAAAGCGUCAAGAGAGCAAAGAUCUUGGUAGGCUCUGAUAGUUGGACGGAAAUCCAUGCCCUUUUCAAAGAUGAUUCUAGCAUAAUGGAAAUGGCCCGGGAGAAGAUGUUGGCGGCCGUUGGUGGAUUCCGACCACAAGAGUCCAUCUUUGAGAUCGGAGCUCGAAGAGGUGGGCGCAAAGCGAAUGAAGAGGCAAUUGAAGCCAUGCGCAAGAUCCGGUCUUCACUAGACGCAAAACGGAGAAGAAGUCAGAAUAAGGAAUUGGAUGUUGCAGGCGGUACUGACAUAGCUUCCGAAGAUGGUUUGCGAGAAAAUGCGGCUAAGAACGCCGAACCAUCUGCAGAUCUAGCUAUUGCAUCUGACUCAGAGCUCGAGGUAACAUUUUCACACUCCGAACCUUCUACGAAGCGAGCCGAAAAGAGGAAAAGAGAACGAAAUCCGGACUCGUACCACGAUUCCGAAAAUUUCAUGUCAUACGUACCAACCACGCAAAACUUGGCAGAAGACCGCGCCUAUGGUGUCCAUUCCGGAUCAGCUUCCAAUUUCACAGAAGCUGCACGUGGCGCUACGAUGGAUCUCUCUCUGGACGACGCAGCCAAAGGUUUCGGCGAAGCCAGAGGCAUCAUGAGAUGGGACAAGCGGCAGAAGAGGUACGUUGCCAGAACAAACGACGACGACGGCUCAAAGGGACAACGUCUGGUGCGCGGCGAAUCCGGCGCCAAAAUCGCCGCCACUUUCCGCAGCGGGAGGUACGAUGCUUGGCGCAAGGCGAACAGGAUUGAUCGUACCCCGCGGGUGGGAGAGGUGGAAGGGAAACUCAGCAGUAAUAACCCGACGAUGAUAGGGAAUGGGGGCAAGAAAUAUAGACAUCGAAAUGUUCGAGCGCCGAAACAAGCGGAUAAAUAUCGCGAUGAUUUCGAGAAGAAGAGGAAGAAAGUGGCGGCGGCGAAGGAGAAGGAGCUGAAUAAACGGGGCAAGAGGGAGAUCAGGUCGGUGGAUGAUAUCCGAAUUGCGAGGAAGUUGAAGGAGAAGAGGAGGGAGAAGAAUGCCAGGCCUUCGAAGAGGGUCAAGAGGUAG